CAUGGUUGGCCCAAUCUUUAAUUUAGGCCGCCGACAGUGCCUCCGCCCUCCCACCUGGGUUGCCCACCCUCGAUUCCGCCAACCACCCUCAUCGCCGCCCUCCCCUCGGCCGCCCACCAAAAGGAAAUCACGAAAAGAAAGGAAACCGUGUAGCGGAUAAAAGUGGAGGAACAGCGGCCGCCCGAUCCGCGCGUCGCGCCCCCACCGCGUCGAUCUCUUUCUCUUCCUAUCUCUCUGUCCUUUUUUUUUUUUUUUUGCUCCUCCGUCUACUCAACCAUGUUCCUGCUGGAAUUCCGUCGAGUUGGUAUCGAUCUCUGCAUUUCGCACAAUUACGGCCUGAUCAGGCGUUCAAUUAGUCUUUUUUCCCUCUUCUAAUUUGAUGCGUGUAACCCGAUUGGUGUACGUGUCCGUAGGGUGUGAUUUCCUUUUCCACUGCCCGAGGAUUUCUCGGUCAAGAUUUGGAUUUCGAGAAAUAAUUUCUUUUAUAGAUUCGUCGCCUGGUGAUUGGUUUUCUUGAAUUCGUUUCUGCGCUUGCGAUUGGGGCUUUUGUUUGCCUUCCGCACUACGUGAAUGGAGACAGAAUUGCUGGGAAAAUGGAGAUGGUUGUGAGUUGUGACUAAGGCGUAGUUCGCUAGGUAGCUGCAACAGAUGGGCUGUUUUCAAUCGAAACGCAGAAAGCAAUACCCAGGAUAUGAGGACCCCGUGCUUCUUGCUUCUCAGACGGCCUUUACUGUCAGUGAAGUUGAGGCACUUUUUGAACUGUUCAAGAGCAUUAGUGGUUCUGUAAUCGAUGAUGGAUUGAUCAACAAGGAAGAAUUUCAGCUUGCCUUAUUUAAGAGCAGAAAAAGGGACAAUCUCUUUGCAAAUCGGUUAUUUGAUCUAUUUGAUGUUAAACAAAAGGGAGUGAUUGAUUUUGGGGAUUUUGUUCGAUCUCUCAAUGUUUUUCACCCAAAUGCUCUGCAUGAAGACAAAGUAGAUUUUUCCUUCAAACUUUAUGAUCUGGAUGGCACGGGCUUCAUUGAAAGGAAAGAGGUCAAGCAAAUGCUGAUUGCACUGCUGUCUGAAUCAGAAAUGAGAUUGGCAGAUGAGACUCUGGAGAUAAUCCUGGAUAAGACAUUUCAAGAAGCUGAUGCUAAUCAGGAUGGAAAAAUAGAUAAAAUAGAAUGGGAGAAUUUUGUCUCUCACAACCCUUCAUUGAUGAAGAUCAUGACCCUUCCAUAUCUCAGGGACAUAACAACAACAUUUCCGAGUUUUGUAUUUAAUUCUGAAGUUGAUGAUAUUGCCACUUGAGAUUUGCUCGCCGUACUGUGUAUGAGGAGAUUACAAGCAACCGAGCAUCUGUAUACACAAAAGUGCAGACUAUCAAAGCACGUUAGCAGCAAGAAUGUGAUGCCAUCAGAGUUGCUACGGACAUUUAUUAGUGUUUGUAGUUGAUUUCCCGGUAGAAAUGCACCUUCAGAAUUUAGGUUUUCUGCCUAGAAUGAUCUGCCAUGGUUUUGUGCUUUAGGAUUGUGUUGUGGUAUUUGAUCAAAAUGUGUAUACAUUAAACGAGAGUAGUUUUGCCUUUGCCAUGUGCUUCUUGGGAUGCCUUUGAUGUAAGAAUUUUGUUUUUCCA